AUGGGCUGGACCCGCCUGCUCCUCCUGCUGCCCCUCCUUCUGAGGGUCCAGGGACCUAGCGCUCAACAGUCUGACCUGAAUAAAGUCUGCGGACAGACUCUGGCUCAAGGACGCAUCCUGGGGGGCACAGAAACCAGCCUGGUCCAGUGGCCGUGGCAGGCCAGCCUGCAGUAUAAGACCCACCACUGGUGCGGGGCCACCCUCAUCCACUCCAGUUGGGUCAUGACGGCCGCGCACUGCUUCCAGAACCAGGCUCACAAUCCCAGUGCUUGGAAGGUUCAGCUGGGCUCCCGUACAAUUAGGCCGCGCAAAUUAAGCUUUAGCUACUUGUAUUCCCGACGAGUGACCAAAAUCAUCUUGCACCCCUUCUACUUUGGGUGGCCUCCCAAGGACAUCGCCCUGGCCAAGCUGAAGUCACCCAUCCACUUCAAGAGAAGCAUCCUGCCCAUCUGUCUCCCAACUUCCACGACAGAGUUUGAAAAUGUGACCAUGUGCUGGGUCACAGGUUGGGGAAGGAUAAAAGAACAUGAAAACCUAAGGAAACCCUGGUACCUACAAGCGGUAGAAUUGCCUCUCAUUGACCAAGAGACCUGUGACCUGUACUAUCACAUAGGAACAAACCUUCCUCCCUUUAUAUCCAGGAUAUAUGAUGAUAUGAUAUGUGCUGGCUUUGCAGAGGGCAAGAAGGAUGCCUGUCAGGGUGACUCUGGAGGUCCCUUGGCAUGUCAGGUCAAUGGUAUUUGGCAUCAAGCAGGUAUUGUGAGCUGGGGAGAUGGCUGUGGUCGACCCUACCGGCCUAGUGUCUUCACCAAUGUCAGUGUACACACUGACUGGAUCUUAAACACAAUUAAGUCGAGCACCUUUAGCUUAAUACCCUCUAAGCUUCUCUUCCUCCUCACUCUACAACUGUCCUAG